AUGUUACACUCUCGCGAUGUCAAAAUCGCGGUUCUUUUACCGUUUGAUGACACUCGCAUGUUUUCUGUCCACCACAUCGCCCCUGCCGUCAACUUAGCCAUUAACGAACUCAACCAAAACAAGGCCAUGGGCCACAAAUACAACUUUUCGGUACAGUACAACGACUCGCGGUGCAACAUUGCGGAGGGAAUCAACAAAGCCAUCAACUUCUACAUCAAAAGACAGGUGCACGUGUAUUUCGGACCGGUGUGCGACUUCGCAUUGGCACCUGUUGCUCGGCAAGUCGGAUUCUGGAACCUGCCUCUUGUGUCUGUAGGCGCCAUGGCUCGAGAUUUUUCCCUGUACAGGCUGACGCAGUACAGACUCAUGACGAGGGUCGGCCCGGUGAAUUUCCGAUCCCUGUACUACUUCUUCAAGGAGAUAAUGUCGAUCUACAGGUGGCACAAGAUAAAAAUGCUUUACUCGAAGACGGGGCAGGAUUACCUGCUGAAGAGUCUGUGCCACUUUUCAAUCGAGGCCUUGCACUAUGACCUGGAGAGCGGGGUGCCGAAGAUUCAACAGGAUUACUUUCGUGUGGACGAAAACACGGACAAGGACCACCUCUUAAGGAGGGAGAUCGGUCUGGACUACUCAGUAAACACAAAGCCAUAA